AUGGCCUUCCCCGUACAACAACGAGUGGAGAUCAUUCGUGCUAGCUGUGAUAAUUGUGCCAAAUCCAAGGUCCGCUGCAGCAAGGAUCAACCGUCGUGUCAACGAUGCCUGUAUCAAGGCGUCCCCUGCAUUUACAGUCCCUCUCAACGGUCCCGAAAGCGACCCCCGCCAACUCCUCCACCGGGAGCCGCUCCCCACUCUCAAGGGGUUGCAUCGACGAGAGAUCGGAACGAUGGGUCGAUCCUAGAUGCUUGCCUGGGAUCACAACGGAGAGAAGAUGAAAUGGAUGGGGAGCAGAUCAUGGCCGACGUUCGCACCGUCGACAUGACUAGCCCCGGUCCACUACCGGCUCAGAUCGACACUCCUUUCUCCGAAAGGACUCAAUUCCCGGCCGAUGCAUUGAGCCCAAUCAAAUGGAGUGAAUUACUCGAGUCGUUCGACGGCAAUACACCUUCUCCAAACGAGUUGCCAGGUAUAUCGGGUAUACCACAGAUGCCAAUACCAAGUCCACAGUCGCGGAUGGACACCGUCAAUGACAAUAGCACUCUUGACGAGUUUCCCUGGCUAUUACCCUCCGAUUCACAUAAACAAUCCCUCUGGACACUACCCGCACCUCAUCAUCAAUCUGUACACCAAUGUUCCCAACUAGCCAUGUCGGCAAUCUCACGACUUGACGCACCAAUGACCCCAUGUCCAUCUCUCAACCGCUCAAACUGCCCCGAUCCACGAAUACAACUCACAAUGGGCCCCGAAGCACGAAGUUUCGACGAUAUUCUCAAACAUAGCCAUUCUUCCCUGGAAGAUGUCCUAGCAAUCCUCGAAUGCCCCUGCUCCAUCAAAACAGAUCUCAUCUUCCUCGUCACGACCACGUGCACCCGCGUUCUAUCCUGGUACCAAGCCAGUCUCGAUCGCAGCGCCGGCUGUCUCCCCCGCGAACCAGACAGCAGCAGCGGAUACAGCGAAACCAGUAAUGGCAGCGGCAGCGGAAGCAGAAGUCGGAGCCGAAGUAGCCCGGGCGCACCAUCGUCACUACGAUCAACCCCCGAGAGUAAUAUCCUGCAGGGAUUGUCCGAGUCGUUCCGUGAAUGGGUGUCAAUCCCAUCAAUCAACGUGGGUGCCUACACUUUGGAACCGGCCCAGUCACGGCGCAUGAUUGCGCAAUUGAUCUUGGCCGAAAUUGAUAAGGUCAAAGAGGUUCUGGCGGCGUUUAGUCGUAGGUAUUGUCGUCAGAAGGGCAUGUAUGGCGAUGAUGAUAAUGAGAAGGGCUUGCAUAUGGCGCUGGAAGCGCAUCUAAGGCAUCAGAUGAAAUCUGUGGCUCUGACGGCUCGAGAGCUCUUGAGCUAA